GAACGUGGAACUCGUGAAAUAAAAUAUUCAGAUAGAGAGAGUAACCAUAAAUUGUACUAACAUGGUUCUGAAUCUCAUCUUUGUUUGUUUACGAUGGAACCCACCAAGAAUCAGGCUCCAUCUCCAAGCUUCGCCGGAGACGGUGUAUGUACCAAUGAAUUGACCAACCUGCGACCAGACUCACCACUCGGCAGCGAAAAGGACGAUGGUGUUGACUUCAGCCAGGAACAAGGAUCGGAGCCAAAUGAACAUAUUGACACUGAGAAUGGUUCAAGAUCCGUAGACAAGAAGCAAUACACUGAAACUGAAGAUGUAGUUCGAGCAAAAGAUUUACAGACAGAACCUGAUUCACUGGAUGAUGAGGUGGAGACUGUGAUCAGGAACCAACAUAAGUACUACAUUUACUGCCCUUGCUGUGGUAAAGAUAUCACCAAAACAGUCAAGCUCGUGAAGAUGUCAGAUCCCCAACCCACAAAAGAUCAUGAUACUGAGAAUAAAGCUAUCGACAGUGACACUGAAAAUGGUUCAACAUCCCAAGAGAAGAAGACAAAGAUUCCAUCAUGGUUCCCUGUUUUUCUUCAGCCGCUGUUUCCUUCUGUUUAUGGUCCCAACAAAGACAAAGGCGAGAAAGGGGUUGAUUCAAAGUCACCAGGAACUUACGACGAUCUUGAUAUCAAUGGUAAGGCACCGAGCAUUGAUGUCAGUAAUGAGAAAAACAGACCGAGCUUUCCGAAGUGGUUAGUCCAUGUUUUUGCUUGGUUGUUCCUCUGUAUCAUUAUAACUCUCUCUGUCCUUUCGACUUCUCCACCGCCUUUCGUUCAACCGGAACUGCAAUUGCCUUCUAUGCCUUCAUUGCGGCUGCCUUCUGCUUCUGUACUUUGGUUACUUCCCACGUUUGCGGUGCUCCUUCUCUUCAUUAUUUCAAUGAGGUCCCGUUUCAGUCCGAGAUAUCACAAAGAGAAAGGCGACAAAAGGGCCGACUGCAAGUCUACUAAUACCACUAGUGAAGAACCAGCAACAACUCAAUAUCACAAUGACCAAGCUGCAAAUCCUGAUCAAGAUAUUGACAAGAAAACAGGGGAGCAACCUUCCAAGCAAAGUGUCAAUAAGGAAGCUCCAGAUCAUAAUCAAGAUAUUGACAAGGAAACAGAUAACCAAAAAGACCACCUAACUCCGAUGUCACCUUCACCACUGGAGCAACCUUCCAAGCAACGUUUCAAUAAGGAAACUCAAGCAGAACCUGAGUGGCAACCAGAUACUCAACCAAAGAUUCCAGAUAGUACUGAACCUCGCAAAGACAGUAAUAAACUCGAAAUCCUGAAAAGUAUAGUGUAUGGAGGUCUUACAGAAUCCAUCACAAGCCUUUGCACAGUAACAUCUGCGGCAGCGUCUGGUGCUUCAACUCUGAACGUUUUGGCCUUGGGAGUUGCUAAUUUGUCAAGCGGUCUUCUUCUCACCGUUCACAGCCUCCAAGAACUAAUAAACGAAACACCCAGAAAACGAACCAACACUGAUGAUUCUGAAACAGAUAGGUACGAGGAAGUUCUCGGAAGAAGAGAGUACUCGAGGCGACACAGAUUGGUCGCAAUCUCUUCUUUCAUCAUCUUCGGCUUGAUCCCACCUUUAGUAUACGGCUUCUCGUUUCGAAGAAAGAUGGAAAAGAGACAAGAGUACAAGGUUUUAGCUGUUUACGCAGCGUCUCUGCUCUGCGUCGUCUUGCUCUCGAUUGCGAAAGCUUAUGCCUCGAAGAGACGAGAUUAUCUCAAGACUCUGUUUCGGUACACGACGAUGGCGACGACUGCGUCGGGAUUUUCUCAGUUUGUGGGAUACUUGGUUAGUCAGUGGCUUGAGAGAAGCGGGUUUUAUGAUGAUUCUCCAGAGACUCGACGAGUUUGAAGACUCUUUCUUCAGUCUUCUUGACUUCAAACUCAAAAGUGUCCUUUUUCUUUUUUGGGUAGAAAACUCAAAAGUGUUCUUUUCUUACCCAAAUUGUUUUUCCUAAUAAGUGAACGAAUUUAUUUGAUUUUGACCCAGAAAAGGAAAGAAAAAUGUUUUUAAUGUUUA